AGGCCGUUGGCGGGGCGGUCUUCUAGGCGGAAGGGUCCCAAGCUGCGGAAACGUGCCGCUCUGCACAGGCGCAAUUGCACCCUCUGGCUCCGGGCCCAGCUAAAUCUGCUCCAGAGAUUGUGAUUGUCCAGGGGCUGGCCCCCGAGACCGUGCCCCCCUCGCGGCCAAAGACCAAUGGGAGAGGGAUUUGCUUGUUGCUACGGGAACCUUCUAGCGUCAAGAUGGCGGCAGCCGGCGAGGAGACCUCGAGCUCUCCGAGGCCGCGUCUGGACCCACCGAGGCGACCGCCGCGGGAUGGUUAUGGUGUCUACGUGUAUCCAAAUUCUUUCUUCCGAUACGAAGGAGAGUGGAAAGGAGGGAAGAAACAUGGUCACGGGAAGUUGCUGUGUAAAGAUGGGAGUUACUAUGAAGGAGAGUUUGUAGAUGGAGAGAUCACAGGAGAAGGCUGCCAGCUCUGGGCCUGGUCAGGAAAUACCUAUUCUGGACAGUUUGUUUUGGGAGAACCUCAAGGACGCGGCGUCAUGAAGUACAAAUCCGGUGGAUAUUAUGAAGGGGAGGUCUCCCAUGGCAUGAGGGAAGGACUCGGGUUUCUGGUGGAUGGAGAUGGACAAGUAUACCAGGGGUCAUUUCAUGACAACAGAAGGCAUGGCCAUGGACAGAUCCUCUUCAGGAAUGGCGACAAGUAUGACGGUGACUGGGUCCGGGACCAACGUCAGGGACAUGGGGUGCUGUGCUGCGCAGAUGGCUCCACCUACGAGGGACAGUGGCACAGCGACGUCUUCAGUGGCCUGGGCAGCAUGGCCCACUGCUCAGGGGUCAGAUACCAUGGACUGUGGAUCAACGGCCACCCAGCAGCACAGGCAACAAGGAUGGUGAUUUUGGGCCCAGACGUGAUGGAAGUGGUUCAAGGAUCUCCCUUCACGUUGAGUGUCCAGCUGCAGCAGGACAGCGGGGAAGUGGCCAAGAGUGAAACUGGCCGGGUCCUGCAGAUCUCAGCAGGCGUCAGACACGUGCAGCUGCCAGCCUACUCCGAGGUCAGCUUUUUCAAAGUGGAUAAGGACAACCAAGAGACGUGCAUUCAGACCCCAUUUGGCUUCGAGUGCAUGCCUUAUCCCCUGUCCAGCCUCCCAUCCAGGGCACUGGAGCCCCAAACUGCUGUGGAAGAUGCUGGGGCCAACCUGCCCCUCCCCAAAGGAGACCUGAAGCCAGUGGUAGACUCAGGCACCUCCUGUGGCCAGGGCAACACCCCCAGUAGCCACCCUGCUAGGGGAUGUGAGCCCCGCUAUCCUGGAGCCCUUCAGCACGUGAAGCAAGGCUGUGCCAAAUUUCUAGACAUCUUCCUGGGGCCUCCGCCACCCAGGUUCCGCCCAUUUCUGUCCCUGGACAGCCUCCACCAGAAGGCAAGCAGCAGGUCCAGAGGCGGCCUGUGCCCUGGAGGGAUGACGCUCUCCAGACAGGAGCCAGCAGGAAGCAACAGGCUCCCCGGGACAGCUGCAGCAGGACCAGCAGCAGCAUACCCAGGAGAGUAUGUGCUCAUUGUCCAAGAUGUGACCACCCCUCCGUUCUUGGGCCGCACACUGCCCACUGCCUGGAAACACCUACGGGUCCUGGCGCAGGGGGCUGAAGGAGCCCGAGAAGCCCCAAACUGCCAGCAGGCCACCCAGGGACACAGCCCAGAGCCACCAGCGCCUCACUGACAUCCAGUCUCCACGGGAGACCACCUUCUCUUCCAGCAGAAGGAACGCAGCCUCUGCUCCGAGGGCCUAUCCGUUUCCCACAUCACCUGGAUAGCUCUGGAGUGGGGAGACCAGGAAUAAAUCAUUCAGCAACAUCUA